GAUCUUUGGAUACCGCCCCAACACUCCGCGGCGUUGGGUGUUUUCCCAGCGGAUGCAGAACCACGUUCAACGAUUGCAGGCAAAGGUCUUAGAGCAGAGAUCUUUGAUUGCAGAGGUGAUUGAUUGCUGAGGAAAAUUCCAUUUCGAACUGCUUGUUUUCCUUCGUCGUAAAGAUGAUUAAAGAGAGCAUUCCCUUCCUGAAGGGUAUACUGCUGGGUGGAGUAUUCUGCUUGUUCCUCACCCUGAUUAACAACACUAAGAUAGGCGGCCAAAUGCCAUACGGAUAUCACCAACACCACCACAUCAAAGCCCCCAACAAGGACGAACUAAAUAUACUUUCAGAGGCAAUGCGAAUGGAGCUUACCCAGAGUAUCCGAGUUCUGUGUUUAAUCAUGGUUAAACCGAAAGAAAUUGGAUAUUGGGCCUCGGUGGUGGAAACCUGGAGCAAACAUUGUGACAAAGCUGUUUUUUACAGUUCUGAAACCAUAAAACCCUUUGAAUCAGUUGGUCUUGGAACAGAAGACCAAUGGAUCAAGACCAGAAAAGCCUUCAAGAAUGUUUAUGAAAACUACAAGGAUGACUAUGGCUGGUUCUUUCUGGUACAGUCAUCUACAUUUGCAAUUAUUGAAAAUCUUAAAUUCUUUUUGUUAAAUAAAGAUCCAAAAGAACCUUUUUAUAUUGGUCACACAGUCAAGUCGGGUGAUUUGGACUAUGUUGAGAUGUCUUCAGGUGUGGUCCUCAGUGCAGAAGCAUUAACGAGGCUGAAUUUGGUUCUGGAUGAUCCUGAUAAAUGUCCGGAAAAGGGGAAUUUACUGUGGAAGAUGUCUGAAGAAAAGGAACUUGCAGUAUGUUUGAAAUACAAAGGAGUAUUUGCUGAAAAUGCAGAAGACAAUGAAGGAAAAGAACUGUUCAACUCAAAAAAUAUAAAAACCCUAAUUGAGGAGUCAAUGUCUAAUCAUAAAAAUGAAGUUGUGGAAGGAUGUUGCUCUGAUGUGGCCAUUACUUUUCAUGGAGGUUCUCCCAACCAUAUGCAUGUUAUGAUGUAUGGUGUUUACAGACUGCGACCAUAUGGCCAUGCCUUUAAUGAUGCAUUAAUUUUCAAUCCACCUGCUGGUUCAAUUAACGAUUAAAUUCCUCCUUGCCUCCUCUCCUCUGCAAAGACAUUCCAGAGCGUGAAGUAUCAUGACAGUAAAAAAAUAGAUACUUCCUUUGCUAUUUUAUGUGGUCUGGGUUUUGUAAAAUCUCUGGCAACUUUUUAAAUGGAGAUGUGCCUUCAAUGUUAAUGAGCUUAACAAUGAAUUGUCUCACAAAUUGGUGUAAAAUAUUUUAUGAUUAUUCUCACCUUAAAGUUUCUGUCAAUUAUCAGGUUAGCAGGAAAAUGUAUGAAUUGUUGAAUAUCAGACUAGGCAGUGUUGCUGGAAAUCAGUAAAACAUUUUGCUGAGCUGUGCAUUUUUUUUGUAGACUGUUCUGAAUGACAAUUAUUUAUUAUUUUGAAAGGAUUUGCAUUUUGAACUGGGUAACAAUGAAGCACUGAUAUUUUUGAUCGUGAGACUGUGGUAGAAGGGUUGAACUUUGAACAAAAAUUAUUAAACUUUUUACCUUUAUGACAUUUGUAGUCACACAUAUUUGUGGAUUUCCAAUCUAAUGCUAAUUUGGAUAUUGUACGAUCUUGUGAAACUUGGGAGUUGGAUAAUGUGACUUUUUAAUUUGAUAUGAAUCUCAUCAUUCCCAUAAAAUCAAAUUGUAAGAACA